CUUGAGGAAAUCUACGCGCUCGAUGAGAAGACAAUUGCCCCACUCGCCCCCAACGAAGAUGAGAUGCAGGACCGCCUCAAAGAGUUGCGCAAGACUAUCGCAGACGCCAAGUUGGACUGGUACGUUGUGCCAAGUCAGGAUGAGCACAUGAGCGAGUACACGGCCGACAGCGAUAAGCGGCGUGACUGGAUCUCGGGAUUUGAUGGCUCCGCCGGCACUGCGCUUGUACCGAGUACCGACAUCAAGGAGGACGCGCUCCUGUUCGUCGACAGUCGUUACUGGAUUCUUGCCGAGAAGAUGGUGCCCAAGAAGGGCUGGAAGGUGGUGCGCGUGGGUGCAUCUGGAGGAAGUGGCGAUGCCGCCGUGACUGGAGGUUGGACCGAAUACGUUGCCAACACUCUUCCUGACGGUUCAAAGGUCGGCAUCGAUCCAAAGCUCAUCAGUGCCGAUCUUGCGCGCACUGUUGAGUCCCGCCUCGCUCCUGGGGGCACACGCCUUAUGCCACACAAGGAGAACCUUGUAGACGCCGUUCACACGCCCACGCCACGCCCACUGGACCCGCUCUCGCACUAUCCCUUCAGCCUCAGCGGGGAGAAGACGGACGCGAAGCUGAAGCGUAUCCGCUCGCAGCUCGACAACUACGUUCACUCGGAGAAGUGGAUAUAUCUCCUGCCUACUAUCACCACGAUCCCUUGGCUGCUCAACUAUCGUGGCUCAGACGUCGAAUACACGCCCGUGGCGUUCGCGUAUUGCGUACUCACCCCAAGCGAGUGUGUGCUUUUCGUUGACAAGCGCAAGGUUCAGGACGAUGAGGAGCUGCUUGAGGACUUCAAGAACGCCGGCGUUACGCUCAAGGGGUACGGCAUCGACGAGGUGCAAAAGUUCGUGGAGGGUUCAGUCAAGGCAAUGGGUGGGAAGAAAGUCCAGAUUUUCGCGUCACGCAACACCUCUUGGGCCCUCGCGAAGGCGUGCGAGCCCGCCCUCGUCAACACCAUUGCAUGCCCUGUGGACGAGGCCAAGGUGCUGAAGAAUCCCGUAGAGCUGCAAAACUUCCGUAAUGCCUACCUUCGAGAUGGACGUGCCAUGGUACGCUGGAUGGCUUGGAUGGAAAACCGUCUCGUCAAGGAAGGCAAAGACAUCGGCGAGUGGGCAGCUGCUAUGGUUCUUGCGCGUUACCGGCGCCAGGAAGACAUGUACGCCGGCCUAGCUUACGCGGACAUCUCCGCGACGGGCCCGAAUGCAGCGUCCGGCCACUACGCGCCGACUCGCGGCAACGAGGCGCAGAUCGAUAUCAACACGCCCUACGUGAUUGACUCCGGCCCUCAGUACCUCGACGCCACCAUCGACACUACCCGCACUUUCUUCAUGGGCAAGGAUGCGUCAGAUGACCUGAAGCGGCAGUAUACACGCGUUCUGCAGGGUCAUUUCGCGGUGUCGAACGCUACGUUCCCACUCGGCGCCGACGCGGCCGGCCUUUCGGCCUUCUCGAGGAAGUUCCUGUGGGAGGACGGGCUGGACUAUGGACACGGGCUCGGCCACGGCGUGGCGAACUACGGUACGGUACACGAGGGGCCAACAGGUUUUGUUCACGGCUUCUCCUUCAAGCCAGGCCACGUUACUACGAUCGAGCCCGGAUUCUACCUGGAGGGCCAGUACGGGAUGCGCAUCGAAAGCACGUACAUUUGCCGCGAGGUAGAGACAAAAUACGAGUUCGGUACCAAGUGGCUCGGCUUCGAGUGCGUGACUCGUGUACCCAUCGAUAACCGACUCAUCGACUGGAGCAUUCUCACCAAGGAGGAGAUUAAGACGCUCAACGAGCACAACAAGAUGGUUGAGGAGGCGCUUGUUCCCCUGCUCGACGACGACCUGGAUAAGGACGCGCGCGAGUGGGUGAAAAAGAUGUGCAAGCCCCAUUUUAUUUGGCCGUGGACGGGCAAACAGUAGUAGCUGUACACGCAUGUAUCAGAUGUGAACG